GUCCAUUCAUUGAUGGCAACAGUGCAUCCGCUGCUCGGCUCGUGAGGACUAGUUAGGUUAGGAUGCGAGUCGUGACUGACGUUCAGUUCACUCAACACAAGUUCUGGGAUUUAAGCCACUCUCAACUCUCUGAAAUGAAGCUGGGAAGAAAGAAACACUACUCUUCUGGUGACUUGCUAUGAGACAGCUUGGGACACUUGGAAGAAAAGUUGAAUUUAUCAGAGAUGUCCACCACUGUGUCCCCAAAACUCCCCUCCGCCAGCUCCUCGGCGGACCAGCGGACGGUCGUCGUGGGUGCAUUUUGUUGUCUGGUGUUUUUCUUUAUGAUUGUGGUGCUGCUGUUGAUCCUGUACCGGAAGGUUCCUCUCUGCUGCAAAAUGAGGGUUUAUCAGGAAUCUCAUACUGACAUGGAAUCUCCUCCUCAGUACUACAACAGCAGACAGACUCUCGUAGCUUCAUCUGAUGCUGAGCAAACACAUGACACCGGUCUUGAUAACGUCAAUGCACGGUCAGGCUCGUUGUUCCUCAUUGGUGUGCCCAGCAGCUACUACCUUUCCUCACUGGAGCCUCCUCUUCCUCGUCUUCCCUCGUACGAGAGCGUCCGCAAGAAAGACCGACAGCGGCAGAUCCACAUGAUGAUAGCCGACCGCUUCGGCCUGAACGGACCUGUUGAGACAGAGCCGCCUCCCACAUAUGAGGAGAGCAUUCGAGAGUCUGUCCAGUCCAUUGACAUCCCGUUUGACAUCCUGGCACCCGAGGAGGAGCCGCCACACGCACCGGUUACAGUCCUUGAGGCUGGCACAGAUUUACCUGCAUAUGAAGAUCUACCUCAAAUCACAGACUCACAAGAUCCCAAUAACACUGUUAAUUAAAGCGCAAGAAUGCAAUCUAUCCUCAGCGGGAAAUCAACAGCUGUUGAGCUGAGACUACCCUGACAGCUGAUCGCUCACCCUGACGAGCGUGAAUCCGCUGUGCUUGCAAAAGACACCAAAAUAAGGUAGGACUUGACCUAUGCAAUAUCUUGCACUAGCACAAUACGAGAGGAGAAGGAUGUUGCAUCACUACUGGAAAAAAAGGAAGAGAAGAACAAGAAUAUGCAAGAGUUUAAGUUUUGUCUCAGCUAAAAGUGACAUGAAACUGCUAUAGAAUUAUAUUGACUCUAGAUAUUUCCAUGACUUUUCCAAGCCUAAAAAAUGUAAAUUACAUCACAUUCCAUGAUAUUAUUACAUUUAUACAUAAGUGGGGAAUGUUGAUUUCAUUUUGGUUAUAAAAAGUGAUGAAAACAAAUGUUUUUUUGGAAUAACAUCCAUUUAUGAAUGUUUCAAAAUAACACUAGUGACAUUUAUUUACCAUAAAUAAAGUCUAUUUUGAUUUCAUGUUUAAUUUUUGAGAGAUGGCAGGUUCAUCUAAUACCAAAGUAGCAGCUGGUGUACUGUACUGACCUAUAGACACAAAAUAGGGAUAUUUGAAGCCAUGUAUUGGACAUUACAGGGAUAAUUCUUUUUUUUUCUUUGCAAUUCUGUGAUUACGUUUCAUCAUAUGCUUUUGUAUGAGAGUUAUUGCAAAAUUACUUUCUUUAGGUAGAACAAAUUUUAUCACUAUUUUAGAGGUUUUGAGGUGUUUUGUUAUUCAAUUCAAUUCAGUUUUAACCAAACUGGUCUUUUUUUUUUUUUCGGUGUACAUGUUUCUUGUCAAACCAAAUGAUGCUUUGCUGAAAUUCUAUUUGUUGAAUUUAUGAAUGUGCUCAAUUUUUAUCACUGUGAAUAAAGAUGGUAAAUGUACAGUUUGCAAAAGUAAUACUAGACUUGGACUUGUUUCUUCUGAUGGUGUGCUCAGGAUUGGGCCACAGUAAAUCAUCUGAUUUUCUUCAGUUUUCUCCCUUUACUGUAAAUACAGUACUCAGAGCAUACGAGUUCAGAUGUUUGCAUUCACAAACAAAAUUCAAAUGACUUUGAAGGUGUUUCAUGUGUAACAGGUUAGAGGUCACAGGUGUCCUCAUUUUCAUCUGAACACACAUUUGCAUCUUUCAAAAGCUACAUGAGAAAGAUUUUCCUUAGGGCACAAGAUUUAAGCCGGUACGAGAGGUUGUGCUGCGCUGUGAAUACAGUCAUGGCUAAAUGGAACUGUAGUGCAGUGAUAUGGUAAACACGUGUUUCGCAUCUUACCUGUUACUAUAUUAUAUAUCACAUCUUACUAUAUUAUAUAUUUUUGACUGUAUUGGCCAAUCAGUGGGCAUGAAUCAACAGGAUAUCCACUCAAUGAUUAACCCACAUUGGAUUCACAUGUCUAAUAAAACUGAGUGUACACUGCCGUUCAAAAGUCUGGGGUCAGUAAGAAUUUACUUGAAAGAAAUGAAUACUUUUAUUCACUAAAGAUGCAUUUAUUUGAUCAAAAUUGACAGUAAAGACAUGCAUAAUGUUACGAUUUUUUACUUUUUCAAAUAAAAACUGUUCUUUUGAACUCUUUAUUUAUCAAAAUAUCAUGAAGUAAUGUGUUAUGUUUUCCA